AUGGUUUGCGAUUCCAUUCUCAGUGAGACUUGUGAUUGCCAGCCAACGCGUUCUUUGUACUACAAGGACAUUGACAUUGCAAACAAACUGCCAUCUGAAUAUGCGGAAGUCUUGAGCCGCCUACCUUGGCACUGGGCAGCAUGGAUGCACCGCUUGGUGCAAUUUGCGGCAGACAUCGGUCCCACGGAAGUUCCAAGACUAGCAUGUCACGGUGAGGUGCCAAAGGCUGAUGUGCUUACAAGCGUGACAGCAGACUGUCAGCAGAUCUUGCUUCUUUCAGCUCUCCUGAGCCAAAAUGAAGAAUCGAAGCUUGCCUCGUCAGCUUUGAAAGCCCUAGCUGAAGCAGAUGCAUUCCUUCGUCCAGACCACUCAGACCACAGCAAAGAAUUCCAAAGGCCAGUAGAAUGCCUGCAGGCACUAUCCAAUUUCCUCACGAUUGGAGAGUUGCCAAAGUGUCAAAUCAUGCGAAUUGACGCUGAGAGUUUGCUUUGGCCAGAGAUUGAACUCCUGGCCUCGCACAUCUUUAGAGGGAUUCUCCCUACGCUGGACAGCUUGCUCUUUGAUGCCGUCAUGGAGAACUUGCACCCAAGCGAGUGGGAGGACCAAAUGCAGCGGAUUUUGGAUUCUGUUCAGGAAGCUCUCACAACAGCCGGUGUGACAACCAUCACAGCCGACUGGGCACCUCCAGAGAACCGCAUUUGCUGCUUGCUCCUUGCCGGGCAAAUUGCCGAUCAGAUCAGAUUCACCUCAAUCCUGCAGAGAGUCCUUGUGGCCCCGAUGUAUCUUCGAUUGUUUGCUGCAGCACCAGACAAGGGCUCCGCGCAAGCACUGUUGGCUCAGCGGCUUGGGUGGGAUGGUCUCGCGGAUUGGUUUGAGUCCAUUCUGAAUCUACCAGGGGAUGAACGACUGGAGAAGGCUUACUCAUUCCUUGGAGUUGAGUCAGGGCACCAACCUCUGCGACCAAAGAAAGGCUCCUACGAACACAUCACGGAUGCAGAGAUCACCCGCUAUUACCGAGAAGCUUGCAGAAAGCUUCGCCCCGACAAGCAUGCGAAAGAAGACCAGGCAACACAGGAUAAGUUCAAGGCCAAGAUGCAACAGCUGCAGGUUUACAUGGAGCUCAUCAAGGUGAACCGAGAAGAACUUCGGAAGAAGAAGACAUUUGAGGAGCUCGGGUUCAGUGAGAAAGACAUUGAACGUGCUUUGCAGAUGGAUACAGCGAGAACUCAAGAGUAUGCUCAAAACCUCCCAGCUGAGAAGCUUCGUGCUGAGAUUGCAUACCUGGCACAGUUUCAUUGUCAUCAGCUAGACAAGAUUCAUGAGCUGGAGGUCUGCAGACCUGCAGCUCGACGCUUGACUUUGUACUGUGGUUUUCAAACCAAGGAUCUCGAGCUCACCGAUUUGCUCCGAGACAAAGCCCACCAAAUCCUUGGGAUCAAUGCGGGUGCCACAGCCGAAACAGUGAAAAGUGCAAAGCAGUGUUGCUUGCUUUGGUGCCUGGGUCAAGGGGAUGAAGUGGGCCGUCUGAUGUCUUUGAAAGCAGCCAGUUUUCUCCAAGAAGAGGACAAACGUAGCAGUUUGCGUGGACGUGAUGAAAGGCAACUGGAUGUUUGUAAAGAACUUGCUCGAUCUAGCAAUUUCGGUGCAGAUGAAGUGGCGGCGGAGAGCGACCCCAUGCCGGAGCUGGUCAAAUGCAGGAUGCGAGUGGGAGAGGCCCUCAGGGACAACAACCAUCAGCUUGACGAAUUGGAAGAGUUGAAGGUAGGGCUUUCAAAGCAGGAGGGUCAUAUCUGCGACUCAGCUGCUGUCCUGUCAGCUCUUCCAACGACAAUACAGUUGCUUUGGGGGGAGGUUGAGACAGCAAUUCCUGGGCCAACAACGCUGUGCAAACUCACAGAUCUAUUAGAUGCAUUCCAAGAAAAAAGUAGCCUUACAUCCAAAGAUGGAGAAUUUGUUCUACCUUCUUCGGAUGCAAACGCAGCCUGGGUUGUGAAUCUGGCACGGCUGAGCCAACCGGAAAAGUUGUCUGAAAAGUUGCGAGAACAUAUGCUGACUCCUUUGCAUGCAUCUCUGACAGUCAUCGAACCCAUGGCAAGUUUGAAGGCUGCCAAACUUUGUGAUAGCUUCCUGGCAGCAGUUUGCAAGACAGAAGCGAAUCCGUGGUAUGCGCAGGUUGAAUCAUACUUGCAAGAGUCUGCAUCGCGGCAAACAGUUCAAGUGGCCAUAGUCAAUGAGUACAUUGAACAAGCGGAAGGCUCAUUGCUUCUGGAUGCUGCGCAAUUGGCCCGGCACGCUUGCAUGUGGAUGGGAGUGGACUACGGCGUGUGCUCUUUUCAUGAGGCAUCUCGGCAACUUGCCAAGCAUCAUCGGAUGCUGCAGCUGCUGGACUUUGACGACCAAGAGUCUGCCGUGGCUGCUGCGGAUCUUGCGAGGAGCACUUUUGAUGUGGCUGUGUCCAUGCUCAACCAAUCUUCGCAAGAGCCAUUGAUCCAGGAUGCUGAUCCAGCAUCGCUUCACGGAACUCUUCCUGCUCAAGAUGACGACGAGGAAGAAUAUGAGUCGAUAGACUGUGACCGUCCCCCAUCUGGUUGGCAAGAAGUGUCUGCGGGGGAAUCAUCUGCCAGCAAGGCAGAGCACGUUCUUCGAUGCCCGAAGGUUGAGAAGAUCUUGGACAUCCGACGCCAAGUACAGCUUUGCAAGCAAAACUUGGAGCAGAUAGAAGGAACAGGUUUGCAAGCACCACUGGUGCCAAGGCUUUGCACGACAUCAGUACGUGAGAGCGCACUUGCUGUGCUCAAGUCUUACCAGCACUUCAUCAACUACAGACUCGAAGAUGUCCAGACAUCUGCCCAUCUGUUGGAUUUGUUGCGGGAGCUCCAGCAGCAGUUCCAGGAUACAUCAACUGCGUCCGCUGACCAUUGGGAAGAAUUCCACAACAGAAGACGUGUAGCAUUGUUCGGAGUGCUGUGCCCGGAAGAGAUGCGGCAGCUUUUGCAGGAGAUGCUCUUGACUCCGCUUCACGUGAUCUCAUUUGUGUUGCUCAAUGAGGAUCAACGAGCACAUGCCUCCACGGUUUGCGAUUCCAUUCUCAGUGAGACUUGCGAUUGCCAGCCAACGCGUUCUUUGUACUACAAGGACAUUGACAUUGCAAACAAACUGCCAUCUGAAUAUGCGGAAGUCUUGAGCCGCCUACCUUGGCACUGGGCAGCAUGGAUGCACCGCUUGGUGCAAUUUGCGGCAGACAUCGGUCCCACGGAAGUUCCAAGACUAGCAUGUCACGGUGAGGUGCCAAAGGCUGAUGUGCUUACAAGCGUGACAGCAGACUGUCAGCAGAUCUUGCUUCUUUCAGCUCUCCUGAGCCAAAAUGAAGAAUCGAAGCUUGCCUCGUCAGCUUUGAAAGCCCUAGCUGAAGCAGAUGCAUUCCUUCGUCCAGACCACUCAGACCACAGCAAAGAAUUCCAAAGGCCAGUAGAAUGCCUGCAGGCACUAUCCAAUUUCCUCAAGAUUGGAGAGUUGCCAAAGUGUCAAAUCAUGCGAGUUGACGCUGAGAGUUUGCUUUGGCCAGAGAUUGAACUCCUGGCCUCGCACAUCUUUAGAGGGAUUCUCCCUACGCUGGAUAGCUUGCUCUUUGAUGCCGCCGUGGAGAACUUGCACCCAAGCGAGUGGGAGGACCAAAUGCAACGGAUUUUGGAUUCUGUUCAGGAAGCUCUCACAACAGCCGGUGUGACAACCAUCACAGCCGACUGGGCGCCUCCAGAGAACCGCAUUUGCUGCUUGCUCCUUGCCGGGCAAAUUGCCGAUCAGACCAGAUUCACCUCAAUCCUGCAGAGAGUCCUUGUGGCCCCGAUGUAUCUUCGAAUGUUUGCUGCAGCACCAGACAAGGGCUCCGCGCAAGCACUGUUGGCUCAGCGGUGCCAGCAGAUGAUGAAAGCAAUCCUUCAAGGGGAAGGGCCUCAAGCGCUUCUCAACCUCAAUGAUGCGGCCAAGAACGACAUGGAGUUGAGCAAAAUGAAUCCGGCAUUUGUGUAUAAACAGUUGCAUGCUGUACUUGGACACUGCGAUUGUGCUGAUGCCGGUGGCAGAGAGUGUGCCUGUCUGGACCGGGCGCUGAAAUGCAUGUCACAUUACGACCAUCCGCGAGCGCCACACACUCUUUGGUUGGAAGGGAUCUUGCGAGCACUUUGCGGCCGCGAUGCGGAUGAGUGGAACCGAAACAUGGAAUUUAGACGAAAUGGAAACGCAUACUACAAAAAAAUCUUGAAAUUUUGUGUGAAUUUGCUCAAUUGCAUGGAAGAGGACUAUGAAGUUCAAGCAAAGUCUUGGCCGGCUGUGCUCCAAUUUCUAGUACUCUUCGAGAAUCUUCCCAGAGGAGUAAACCUCCUCCCAGAUGCCCAUUUUGUGACGCAGCAUCUUGACAUUUUGCAGCACACGGCUCUUCAGGAACUACGAGAUUUGAAGUCACAGGCACUUCAGGUUGUGAUCGCAGAGAGGGAUGUUGUAUUAUGGUUGAAGCACACUCUUGCUGUGAAGCUGGAUCAGAGCUCAGAUGGCUUCUCAUGGGUUCUGCGUUGCUUCCAUUCGCUUAGCGCAUCCAACUUCAUGUCUUCCUUGCAGCAAGAGGUCUUGACGCCAAUCCACGUAAUUUUGAGUGAUAUUUUGUCCCAAGCGGCUAUGGGCAACGUGUCGCAUGAAAUGGACAAGAUUUGUGAAGAUGUAAAGGGCCAGAGUAGUGACCUUGCGUUCUUCUAUUCCGUUGCAAAUGCCAAAAGGCGAAGUGCCAAGCCAGUCCCCUCGUCCAUUUCAGGCUGCUGGCUUCAGAGGAACUACCAAAGUUUGGAGCACUACGUUUCCACAGAAUCCGAUUACCGAAGGCUUCAAGAAAAGUCUUUCGGAUUCUUCCAGCGCCCUGCGAGUUUGCCAGCCCCGAUGAAUCUCAUGGUUUCGAUCGCCAGUACAAUGAUCCUUCACUCAGUUGCGCUGGCAUGCGCAUGUGGACUUUUGUAUUAG